UUCAAAAUGGCGCCCAGUCAAUGACAGUAGUGACACUAGUACGCUGAAUACUGUGGAUAUUUAAGUGCCAUCGUAUGUCCUCGACAGAAUGACACUACUAAUUAGAGUAUCGAAACAAGUACAGAGGAAAUCUUUCCAAAAUCCCUUAUUGUAUAGGCUUUUAUCGGAGAGCUCGGCUUUACGGAAAGGCCCCGAGAGCAAAGAGGAGUGUAAAUGGUUGCACGGAUCGUCUCAGGAAAUUUUAUCCGUAGUGCGUGGGCAUGUUGAAGUUAGACAGUGUUUCAUCAGCGAGGAAGAGGAGAAUGCCCUUUUCAAAGAAGUAGAGACAGGACUUAGAAAAAAGCGAUAUGAGUUUGACCACUGGGACGAUGCUAUUCACGGCUACAGAGAAACAGAGCGCCUGCAGUGGGGAGUUAUGUGUGAAAGUAUCUUAAGGCGGGUGAGAGCAGUUGCAUUUCCUGAAGGCAGUCCACUGCUUGGGCCAAUUCAUGUUCUGGACCUGGACAAAGAGGGCUAUAUCAAACCCCAUAUUGACAGUGUGAAGUUCUGUGGAAGCACUAUUGCAGGGCUGAGCCUGUUGUCCGAUAGUGUUAUGCGAAUAGUCCCAGAAAACAAAUCCACAGAUUGGGUGGACUUGCUUCUGAGUCGGCGCUCACUUUAUAUAUUAAGGGAUGAUGCUCGAUUUAAAUUCACCCAUGAAAUCCUGAAAGAUGAAGAAUCCUUUUUCUCAGGACAGAAGGUUCCACGUCAUCGCCGCAUCUCUGUCAUCUGUCGAAACCUGCCUGUUUAAAAGAACUGGACUGACCUUGGCACUUGUCUUGGAAAUGCUGUGGCUUUUUCAUACCACCUUUGACUAGAGUUGUUCAUCUUUCAGAUACUCACACACACGGGUAGCUAAAAAUGUAUAAAUCAGAUGCAUUUUCCUAGAAUAACCACAAAGAAACAACUGCUGGGAAACAAUUUUUAACAUUAGGAUAACAUUCACCUCACUGAAAUGUUGUCCAAAUACCUGUAUUGGAUAAAUGAAGGGAAAAGAUUGAUUGAUACAAUGUAUAAUGUAAAUUAAGUCAGGGAAAAGGAUUAAGACAGUGAUUGGAACUGCUUCUUAUUUACAAUGUCUAUUAAUAAAUAUUUUUUGCUAUCCACUAUUGUGGCUUUCUUCUCAAACAAUACA